AUGACCCAAGAUGGUCUCACGACCAGCAGUAUUUGGAAGCGGGAAUUCAUCCAUGAUAUGGCUGAUCCACUGCUUAUCACCCCGUACUUUAUCCUCUGCCACCCCCUCCUUGAAGAGUGGCAUUGCGAGAUUUCUCUUGCAAGUACUCAGUCAAUUGCCAUGUCUCACGAUAAAAUCUGCGAUAUUCUAACAUGGGGCAUAAGUAUGAUCAGUCAGCAACUUGCUCAGAUACCUCCUCCUGCACUUCCAGCACCUCCAUCUGCGCCAGAACCAACCAUUGCUCCAUUGCCUCCUCCUGCAUCUACAUCACAGCAGGUUGCAACUGUUCCUGCAUCGCAGACAGUACCUCCUGUACCACCAUCUGUGCCUGCCAGUGUGCCAACUGUUGCACAGUCGCUUCCUGAUCUUUCCUUAGCUGCUGGCACAAAUUUGCUGCCUCACCCUGUUGAAGACAACGGCUCACAAUCAAACACUCAACAUCGUCAGCUGUUCCUAUGCGUGGCUGGCCCUUAUGAUAGGUUUGGAUUUAAGUCAUCUUCCGCUGACAAACAGGAUCCCCGAGAGGAAACUCAGCCCAUUGGUUGCAGCUCUAAGAAGGCCGUAGGCAAAUCCUUAGAAUGUGAGGCGAAGAAGGAUAGAAUGUGGGAUUUGGAUGAACGUGACGAGUCAGAGAAUGAUGCCGAUGAGCAAGAUCACAAUGAUCAACCCAGUGAAGAUGAAGAUAGUUUGUUGCGGGUAGUGCUGCCGUGGUCUGGUUCCAAACCGUGGUUUGAACCUGACCAAUGGUCAGGAUUCUCCAAUGCACAUGGCAGAGACUGGCUGUUUGUUCUGUCCUCAAAUAAAAAGAGCAAUCCCCACCAGGAUGCCAGGGAUAUUGUGUUUUACAAUGAUCCUGACGACACCAUCCCACUUUGCGCUCAAUCCUCUUCCAAGUCUGCCCCCACAGAUGCCUUCUCAGUGUUACUGAGGGCUGGAUGCAAACCAGCACCACUGACUGUGGGUGCUCAAUGCUCAAUUUGCACCUCUAAGCCCUCUGCCCACCUCCGUGAUGCUGAUAACGCCUGUUCUCACCAAGCCUCCAGCCCAUCAACAAGCCACAAAUGUGCACGUGCCUUAUCCAGUACUACUACAGAGCCACUAGUCACAAAAAAGGUCGUGUUACAACUCACAGCUCCAUUAUCUGACAAUGACGACUCUCAUGUCCCUGGUGCUGACACAGAUUGUGAUACCAAUACUAAUGAUGCACCUGCUAAAGACCAACCUGAAGAUGAAGAGGAGCCUGAAGAUGCAAUCACCCGAAACAUGCUGUCAAAGAAGUGGGUAUGCAAACCAUGCAAGGAUGCCAGUGAACCCGAAAGCAAGUACACCUUUUGGGAUGGUAUCUCCACACUACGCACUCAUAUUUGUUGUCAAAAAAAUCAUUUCCAACUGUACAAGACGCACUGUGAAGCUGCAGGCAUCACAAUGCACCCUCGAGCAGUUCCCACUGGCGAAGCUCAAUGUCUUUCAAGGCAAUCCACCCUCAACAGCAACCUCAUUCCAAAACCACCCAUGUUUAGCAAGGCUGGGCUGCUCAAGUAUAUAAUGGAGCUUAUCGUCACUGAAGAUGAGGCCUUACAGCUCAUCGACAAACCAGUGUUCCGCAGGUUGCUCUCCUAUGUCCGCCCUGCCCUUGUUGAAGGUGAUAUCCCUCACUGCACUAAGCUUACCAAGAGUGUCAAAGCCCAUGCACUAACUGUAGUUGAUGCCAUUCGUGAACGUCUUGCGAAGGUGGACAGUCAGGUCUCAAUGACUUUCAACUCCUGGACUUCUAUCAUUGGUGACCCUUUCUUCAGCAUUACCAGUCAUUAUAUCUAG